AUGACGCCUCAAGAGGAGCGUGAGAGCGCUCGCGGGGCGGAGAUAGCGGACGCCUUCGAAGACGACAUGUUCGGCCCGCCGAGGACUGAACCCGCGGCCAGGCCCAAGCUGUCCAUGAUAUCUGCCAGGCUGCGCGCCAACGAGGAACGGAAACGAGUCAUCGAGAUCUGCUCACAGAAACUGGAGAACAUUGAGGACCCCGCACGAGAUCUGCGGCGGUCGGUGUGCAUCAACAACACGUACUGCAGGCUGAGCGAGGAGGCGAGGAGGGAGAAGGAGGCGCGGAGGAGGCGCGCGAGGGAGGAGUGCGACGACUCGUGGAUAGGGAAGAAGGCGCGCCGGGCGGUGGAGGACGAGUGCCUGGCGCUGCUGGACGCCAUCCCCGAGCUGGGGGACGCCAACCUCGGCUGCGCGCAGCUGGCCCGCCAGAUGCAGGAGGGCUCCCGACAGGACGCGCUGCUGCCCGCCGGCCUGCUGACCGUGCUCGACUCAUGA